UGCUAACGUUGCAACUGUUUUAUGUUUUAUGGUGUUGGUCCGUGUUGAGAAAAGGUUGUUUAGUUCAUUGAUGUAUAUCUGUUUUGAGUUAUUAUGUAUUACUCGUACGUUUAAUUUGUUGUUUGUGUAAGAUAAUUUGCCUUAUUUGUAUUAGUUGUCUGUGUAAGAGAAUUAGCCUUAUUGGUAAGCACAGAAAAUAUUCAAAUUACGGAUUAAAAUGAGUGAUGAGGAUGGAUCAUCAGAUCGUUGUUUUUCGACACUUGUUUGUCCAUCAAUGGAAGACGAAUUUAAUGACGAUAUUGACGAUGCUGAUGAAGAUGUUGAUUUCGAUGAGGCCCUCAUUCCUACUUUAGGAAAGAAGUCGGCAGAAAUAUUAAUUGACAUUGAUGAAAAUCGCAAGAAAGUAAUAACACUAGACGACGAUAACAGAAAUUUGGAAGAAGUAUUUUAUAAAGCUAUUGCAGAAGAUGCCACUUUCAAAGAAUAUGUCGAUUCGACAGUAAUAUUCCAGAUAUUCAAUCAUAAAUUUAACACCUGGGUCGAUCUUGACAGUUCAAAGGAACUCGCUGAUGGAACCCGUCUGAAAGCAAUAUUUGAAGCAAAAGCGAAACCAGAUACAGGAAUUGGUCAUUCUCAUAAAUCAAGAAAGUGCAGAAAAAGGAGACGUUCAUAUUCUUCAGAUGAUAGUAGCGGUAAGAAUCGCAAAUGUAAGACAUUGUGUUCAUCAGAAGAAAACUUGAACGAAAAGAAAAAAGUUUGCCAUUCAGUGAAGACAUGUUCAUCAGAUGAUGAAAGAUGUGCAAGUACUACUGUUCCAGUAUCUUGUCAUCAUGCAAAUGGCUCUACACAGUUUGAUGGGCAAGAAGUUCAAAAAUGUAAGAUGGUCACAGGCUCAAUAGACACUUUAUGGAAAGAACAGGUUUCAGGAUCAAAUUCAUCUCCAACGGUCUCCCAAGGUGAACUAUGUGCUUUGUCUCUGGGCCUGACCAGCAAGCAUCCAGUGUCAGCCCUUCAUGAGUUGUGCACCAGGCUGCGUUGGGGAGCUCCUCAGUUUGAAAUGCAUGAGCAAUGUUUAGUUUCUUCAGAUCCAAAGUUUUUAAUGAAGGUGACUGUUCGAGGCCACACAUAUAUUCCUGACACACCUUCAAGAAGGAAGCAGUUGGCAAAAGCUGCAGCUGCUGAAUAUUGUCUCAAGCAACUUGGAGUACUCAAGUAGCUCUGUGGAGUAUGGAAUUGUUAAGAUUUCUACUAGCACUGACUUUUUGAGUAUUCUCUGUCGUUAUUAGGUGUUAGGGUGAUUUACCCUCUCACAAAGAUUUACUUUGGAAAUGCCUUCACAGAUUGAUUGUGACAAUAUCAUAAAAUAUAAUUUUUCAGAUUGAAGUACCUUUAACGGGAAACAAAAAUCUCUUAGACUGGACACUGUGAUUGUAGCUGUCCUUCCAUUUGUUGAAGUGCCUCUGGCACUCAUCUUUUGGGAUGUGGUUCAAAUCCUGUGUCAUGCACUGGAUCUCGGAUGGCCUCAGAUAUCACCUAUCUUUGUGGGUACUUUUCAGUAUGGGCAUUAGAGCAAGUUAGGAAUUAUAGGCAUAGUGUAACAUUUCUGGUGUGUUCAUGCCAUUUUGUUUGUCACAAAAACCAGAUAAAGCGUGUUGGGUAUAAAAUAUGCUAUUGAUUUUUGUGUAUUUUCUUAAGAAUAUUUUUGCUGUGAUAAAAAUAUUUAGCAAGUUAGGCGCACUAAGUGCACUAAGACAAGUGUGUGUCGCUAGUUUUGUGAAGUGUUUGACACUCACAAAUGCUUUGAAGCGGAGUGUGACAGAUUGUUUAGGGCUGAGCUAUGUGCACUGUUCCUAAUUUCUCGACUGUUAUGUGUUACUACGGUUACAUAAAACAGAAUCUCUCUGUUGUUAUGUGUGUGAGAAUAUAUAUAAAACGCCCUUGUGUAUCAAAAGUUAGUCUUAAUAAAGCAGGGGUAGAUUGAACACUGA